CAGAAACGCACCGAGUUCACAGUUUCUUCUGAUAACACCAAAAGAAAUUCCAAAUCCAUUAGAGAGAGAAUAAAAAAAGGGGGAAAAUGGAAAACUAGAGAGAGAAACAAGUGGCUAGCUCGCCAAACUUCUUCAACAAUGGCGGUUUCCUAGGGUUUGAGGUUAUAUUGAUCGGAAAGUGUCUCAUCUAGAUCGCGAAACUUCCAUGGAAAUGCCCGGUAGAAGAUCCAAUUACACUCUGCUUAGUCAAUUUUCGGACGAUCAGGUGUCGGUCUCCGUCACCGGAGCUCCUCCGCCGCACUAUGACUCCUUGUCGAGCGAGAACAGGAGCGCGAGCAACAAUAACAGCGGGAACAACGGGAAAAGCAAGGCGGAUAGAAGCGGAUUCGAUUGGGAUCCUAGCGGUGGCGAUCACAGGUUGAGUGGCCAGCCGAAUCGGGCUGGGAAUAUGUAUUCCUCGUCGCUUGGGUUGCAAAGGCAAUCGAGCGGUAGCAGCUUCGGUGAAAGCUCCUUGUCCGGGGAUUACUAUAUGCCUACGCUUUCUGCGGCGGCUAACGAGAUCGAAUCGGUUGGAUUCCCCCAAGAUGACGGGUUUAGGCUCGGGUUUGGCGGCGGUGGAGGAGAUUUGAGGAUACAGAUGGCGGCGGACUCGGCCGGGGGAUCGUCAUCUGGGAAGAGCUGGGCGCAGCAGACGGAGGAGAGUUACCAGCUGCAGCUUGCAUUGGCGUUGCGGCUUUCGUCAGAGGCUACUUGCGCCGACGAUCCAAACUUUCUGGAUCCCGUGCCGGAUGAGUCUGCUUUGCGUACCUCGCCAAGUUCAGCCGAAACCGUUUCACAUCGCUUCUGGUGCUUUGGUUUGGGAUUCCGAGCUACUGUCUUUGAUAUCGAGAUAUGGGAACAUUCAACUGAUUACCUUGCCCCCACAAUGAGUAGUGCAUUGUUGUUUGUUGGCAGUUCUUGUCUUUUAAGAAAAGUCAAUGGCUGCUUAUCAUACUAUGAUAAAGUUCCCGAUGGGUUUUAUAUGAUGCAUGGUCUGGAUCCAUAUAUCUGGACCUUAUGCAUCGAUCUGCAUGAAAGUGGCCGCAUCCCUUCAAUUGAAUCACUAAGAGCCGUUGACUCCGGUGCUGACUCUUCGCUUGAAGCGAUAUUAGUCGAUCGGCGUAGUGAUCCAACCUUUAAGGAGCUUCACAAUAGAGUCCACGACAUAUCUUGUAGCUGCAUAACCACAAAAGAAGUUGUGGAUCAGCUUGCAAAACUUGUCUGCAAUCGUAUGGGGGGUCCAGUUAUCAUGGGGGAAGAUGAGUUGGUUCCCAUGUGGAAGGAGUGCAUUGAUGGUCUAAAAGAAUGCUUUAAAGUGGUGGUUCCCAUAGGUAGCCUCUCUGUUGGACUCUGCAGACAUCGAGCUCUACUCUUCAAAGUACUGGCUGACAUAAUUGAUUUGCCCUGUCGAAUUGCAAAGGGAUGUAAAUAUUGUGAUAGAGACGAUGCUGCAUCGUGCCUUGUCAGGUUUGGGCUUGAUAGGGAGUAUCUGGUUGAUUUAGUAGGGAAGCCAGGUCACUUAUGGGAGCCCGAUUCCUUGCUAAAUGGUCCUUCAUCUAUCUCAAUUUCUUCACCGUUGCGGUUUCCGCGACCCAGGCCAGUUGAACCCGCUGUCGAUUACAGGGCACUAGCCAAACAGUAUUUCACUGACAGUCAAUCUCUUAAUCUUGUUUUCGAUCCCGCAUCAGAUGAUAUGGGAUUCUCAAUGUUUCAUAGGCAAUAUGAUAAUCCUGGUGGAGAGAAUGACAUUUUGCCAGAAAAUGGUGGUGGAUCUUUACCCAGUGCUAAUCUGCCUCCACAGAAUAUGAUGCGUGCGUCAAAUCAAGUCCAAGAAGCAGUACCUAUGAAUGCCCCACCAAUCACUCAGCCGGUUCCAAACCGGAACAGGGAACUUGGACUUGAUGGUGAUGAUAUGGACAUCCCCUGGUGUGAUCUUAAUAUAAAAGAGAGGAUUGGAGCAGGUUCCUUUGGCACUGUCCACCGUGCUGAGUGGCAUGGCUCGGAUGUUGCUGUGAAAAUUCUCAUGGAGCAAGACUUCCAUGCUGAGCGCGUCAAUGAGUUCUUGAGAGAGGUUGCAAUAAUGAAACGCCUUCGCCACCCUAACAUUGUUCUUUUCAUGGGGGCGGUCACUCAACCUCCAAAUUUGUCAAUAGUGACAGAAUAUCUAUCAAGAGGUAGUUUAUACAGACUUUUGCAUAAAAGUGGCGCAAGGGAGCAAUUGGAUGAGAGACGUCGCCUGAGUAUGGCAUAUGAUGUGGUUUGUGAUUUUGGUCUCUCGCGGUUAAAGGCCAGCACGUUUCUUUCAUCAAAGUCAGCAGCUGGAACCCCUGAGUGGAUGGCACCAGAAGUCCUGCGAGAUGAGCCAUCUAAUGAAAAGUCAGAUGUGUACAGCUUCGGGGUCAUCUUGUGGGAGCUUGCUACAUUGCAACAACCAUGGGGUAACUUAAAUCCGGCUCAGGUUGUAGCUGCGGUUGGUUUUAAGGGUAAACGGCUUGAGAUCCCGCGGAAUCUGAAUCCUCAGGUUGCAGCCAUAAUCGAGGGUUGUUGGACCAAUGAGCCGUGGAAGCGUCCAUCAUUUGCGACUAUAAUGGACUUGCUCAGACCAUUGAUCAAAUCAGCGGUUCCUCAACCCAACCGCUCGGAUUUGUAAAAUCCCGGUCCACUCGAAACUCAAUAUAAUCAUGAUAUGCACAUAUACUCUCAGCAUUCUUUUGCUGCCCAGGAGGGAGACACUAGUUUAGAUAGCUUCAAGAUUGUUAAAAUGUACAUGACUAUUGUCACAGGGAGGAAAGAAAAAAAAAGUAAUUCAAAAGUAGUAAUGGAAACAGUGAGGGAUAUUCUAUUAUCUACCUCCCAGGGGUAAGCAAUAUUUUGUUGUCGCCUUUUGUAGUAAUGCACUUAAGCUAUUUUGUCUGAUCCUACAUAUAAUGUUUCUUUUUAAUUACCUUGUUGUACAUUUAAACUGCUAAAUUGGUAACUAAGAGAGUCCAAAAAAAAAAAAAAAAAAAAAGAGAGCGUGUUUAGCCGCUGCCAAGGGUUUUUGCAAACUCAAUAUGAUUCGUUGAAUAUACAUUUGUAUUUUAUCCACUGGAAUUCGCAUGAGAUUUAUUAUGGACUUAAACCAGUAACCAACAAGAAAAAAGGAAUCGGAUUGAUUAGAACUCUGUGAAUUUAAAUUAUAUUUUCAAAAACAAAAGUGUAAGUGAUUUAAUAGUUAACAAUGGAUUCUUCCCAGAUCAAUGUAUGAGACCUCCCAGGGAUAAGCAAUACUUUGUUGUCGCCUAUUGUAGUAUCGCACUUCAGCUAUUUUGUCUGAUCCUACAUAUAGUAUUUUUUUUAAUAACCUUGUACAUUUAAAUCUGAUUAAUUAGUAACUGAGAGAGUAAA